GUUGUCUUCGUUCUACCUGCAUACGAUCCUGUCGGCUUAGGACGCGAUCUUAUUUGUUCGCGUCAAAUCAACAGUGCGAAUUAGGAUUUCGUCUGGCAAAGCAACAAACCCCGAAGCAACUGGCCCCUCACUACUAGUAGGUUUCAGCCUUUGGGCAGCACAACAAAGGCUCUUUUCAUUAUCUUCCAACAUAACCUGUUCCACCCGUUGAGUACUCUGCCAAGAUGGAAUCGAACAACGGGAACAACAAUAACAACGACAAUAACAAUAACAGCCGGCUCCAUUUGAAUUUCGGUUUCAAUGAUCGUCCGUACACCGCCUCCGCAAACAACAGGGCUUAUCCAACCACGCCUUCGACCUUCCCCCAGCCGAUGUACCCCGGUGGCCAGGAGCAUGUCGAUUCUCAGAGCCCUCAUACUGCCGUGGGGGGCCAAGGCUAUUUCAUGAACAAUCCGUAUGCUCCCCAGCAACCGCAUGCUCCGACUCAACAGUAUGGCCAACAAGCCGCGCCUUCGCCUCAGGCAACCUACCAAGCCCGUCCUGGCUACCAGACAAAUGAUGCGACAAAUGGUCUGAUUCAGCAAUUUUCAAACCAGGAUUUGGGAGGUGCGCCUCCUCGGGCUGGGAUGUUUGGCCGCAACCCUGCUUCAGGACAACGCCCACGUACUGCCGGUGCCCAGCCGUCGCCCCAAGCCUCGGGACACGGUGGUCCGCCAAUGCCAACCCGUAGCCCUAAACCUGCUGCAGAGGAGGAAGAAUUGGUGAGGUGUGUUGAGAAAUACUCGGAGAAUGUGCAUAAACGUGGCAGAGCGGCGAAGGAGCUGGUCAACGUUUUCUUCCGUGAGAACAUUGAACGUGCCCGUGACCGUAAUCUCCGAGCUGUCAAUCUUGACAAGGUCUUGACGAACCCAAGCCUUCCAGAGGCGCGCAAACGCCAAGAAGCGGAAACUGUGGCCAAAAAAGAAGCAAAUUUCCUUCGCUUCAUUCGGACCAGAGAAACGCCAGCCAACUUCCAAACUCUAAAGAUCAUUGGCAAAGGUGCAUUUGGGGAGGUCAAGCUUGUGCAGCGAAAGACUGAUGGAAAGAUAUAUGCCCUGAAAUCCUUAGUCAAAACAGAGAUGUUCAAAAAGGAUCAACUUGCUCACGUCCGUGCUGAGCGCGAUAUUCUCGCCGAUUCAAAAGAUAGCCCAUGGCUUGUGAAGUUGCACGCGUCCUUCCAAGACAAGGCUUACCUUUAUUUACUUAUGGAGUUUUUGCCUGGUGGCGAUUUGAUGACUAUGCUCAUUAAGUAUGAAAUCUUUUCUGAAGAUAUCACAAGAUUCUACAUGGCGGAAAUCGUGAUGGCUAUUGAAGCGGUUCACAAGCUCGGGUUUCUUCAUCGGGAUAUCAAGCCGGACAAUAUCCUCCUAGACCGUGGUGGGCACAUUAAGCUCACCGAUUUUGGUCUGUCCACUGGUGGGAAAAAGCAACACGACAAUUCUUACUACCAACAGCUUCUAAAAAACACUUCUGCAUCGAAAGACAAGAACCGGAACUCUGGCUUCUUCUCUGACGCUAUCAACUUGACUGUGUCCAAUCGUGGCCAGAUCAAUACUUGGAGAAAAUCUCGUAGGGCUAUGGCUUAUUCGACCGUCGGAACCCCUGACUAUAUUGCACCCGAAAUAUUCAAUGGACAGGGCUAUACCUAUUUGUGUGAUUGGUGGUCUGUCGGUGCGAUCAUGUUCGAAUGCCUCGUGGGGUGGCCCCCAUUCUGCGCCGAAGAGCCUACGGAUACGUACCGGAAAAUCGUAAACUGGCGCGAGUGUCUCUGGUUCCCUGACGAACUGACACUCUCUCAUGAUUCGGAACAUUUGAUUAGAAGCUUCCUCUGUGACCCUGAACACCGCAUUGGUCGAGAAGGCGGCGCCCAGUUCGGAGCUACACAAAUCAAAAACCAUCCGUUCUUCCGUGGUGUGGUCUGGGACCAGCUUCGCAAGAUUCGUGCACCAUUCGAGCCCAAACUCACCUCGAAUGUGGACGUAUCGUACUUCCCAAUUGAUGAGAUCCCACAAGAGGACAACUCAGCCCAACUCCGUGCUCAGGCUCGCGCCAUGCCAGAAGAGCAGGAAGCUGAAAUGAGCCUUCCAUUUAUUGGAUAUACAUUCAAGGCCUUCAAUGCCUUCCAAGCAAGCUAGAUUUAAAAUGUAUUUGUUUCAUUUUUUUCAAGAGUUUUAUCUAAAACCAAAUGAAUGAAUACUGGUGGUAGUAUGAAUCCAUCUGCUUGAGUUGCGGCGUUGUUUCUUAUUGCCUCGUUCAUUUCCUUUUUUUUAUACCAUUUUAUGGUUGACACUCCUUCCAAUCAACGAAGCCUUCGAUGACCACCGAAUUACGACCAACGACAUACUGCCACUUCACGAACAUGUUUUUAUCCUACAUUCCUUAUUUAUCUCCUCUAGGCCUCUCUGGCGCAUUUAGCUAGGUUUUCCGUCCGUUCAUGUGAGGUUAAUCUGUUCAGCGAGGUACGGAGUGUUUUGAACAAGCUAGGUGCUUGUCAAUGGUCAAGGCCCUAAGCUUUUUGCAUGUCUUAAGCCUCCUGGUAAUAGAACUUUAUUCAAUCGUA